UGAUUUUAAUGAUGAGGAACACGACGUCUUGUAUUGAACACUGAGCUUUUCUCAUUCGGCUAUUGGCUGAAAGAAUGGUGACAGUAGCCAAUGAAAUAAGAUCUCGCUUGCAGUGAAAACCCAGAGUCUGAUUAAUAAGCCGCUGCUCAUGAUUUUAGACCCAUGCACACCAAUGCGCUGCCCCCCUGCAGACACCAGCUCCUACAACGACGCACAACGCAGACUGGCAGUGACCGAACGGGCUGUGCAGUCCAGAGACCACAGCGCGCCACCAAUGCCGCUGAACCCGCUUGUGAAGCAGCUGCUGUCCAGUGCCCAUGGUUCUGAAAACACUGCACUGUCUUUGCCGAGGGUGACGUAGACGCGAAGCGUGGUGAACGUAACUUGGCACUCCAGCAAAAGAACAAAGGGAUUGCGGAGGAGAAAGACAGACAAAAACAGUGUGAAAUAAAGCAGUAAAGCAAAGACUAAACAAAAACAAAGAGAUCUGACUUUUUGAAAGCAGUCCAGCCGCAUUAUCUGUGUUGCACGCCGGUCUUCACAGCACAAUUAAAAGGGAUCAUUUGGAGAGCGAGAGAUCACAAGCCCAUGAGGUACGUUGGGAUGAUACGUUUCCUGUCUGAAACCAGGAUUCAUUAUUUCGUCUAGAUAUCCGGUCGAUUAUGGGCUGUAUUGUCUUCAAAACGGCAAUCGUGGAGCCAUGGAGGUUCUCUGAGAAGGCUGGCACUACAGUACUACAGUAAUAUUGAACAGGAAACUGCAUGGUAAACCAGGAGUGUGCUGGCGCGGUAUCCUGGUAAAUGUUGAAGACACUGUCAAAAUGUUACCUAAAUCAAGAAGAGCGCUUACCAUCCAGGAGAUUGCAGCACUGGCCAGAUCAUCCUUGCAUGGAAUCUCCCAGGUGGUGAAGGACCAUGUGACGAAGCCCACAGCGAUGGCUCAGGGCAGGGUAGCUCACCUGAUUGAGUGGAAGGGCUGGUGUAAGCCCAUCGACUCGCCCGUGGCCCUCGAGAGUGACUUCAACUCCUACUCGGACUUAACAGAGGGGGAGCAGGAGGCACGGUUUGCAGCAGGUGUAGCGGAGCAGUUUGCCAUAGCGGAGGCUAAGCUCAGAGCGUGGUCGUCUGUGGACGGAGACGACUCUAACGAUGACUCCUAUGACGAAGACUUCGCCCCGGGCAGCGAAGGCCCCCAUUCAGCCGAUGCAGUGGGACCCUAUCCGAAUUACCUACGGGACUUCCUUCAUAGUCACAUGUGCCAACAGCUGAACGUGCAACAGAGCUCCUGUGAGCAUGAGAGUGAUUCGUCACAGACAAUCUCCCCCGAGACCCUGUGCUCCAGCCUGUGCAGCCUGGAGGACCACCCUCUGCUGAAGGAACUGGGCUCUCCCACAGACCUGGCCACCAAGCUCUUUGGAGCCAUCCAUGGUGGAGAGGAGAUCCUGGCCAAGCUGCAGCGUGGUGGGGAAAGUGCCUUCAGGAACCUCGGACUUCUUAUCUGCAACGACUCCUCCUACUCUGUCUCCUACACCGAGUCGUGCUUCUCUCCUGAGGAUGAGGAAGACAUGCCCAGCAAGGACUACGCGUCUGUGUGCAAGGAGGACAGCAGCUACGAAGUCAGAAGAAAGGUCUCGGAUGUGGCAUCUUCUGGAGUGGUGUCUCUAGAUGACGAUGAGGAGGAGAACGAAGAUGUCUGAAUGAUUGCUCUUCCCUCCUCCUUGCUCUUCUGAAUGUUUUUGGCAUGCUUCACUUUGUAUCUGCCCCCUUAUCCUGAGUUUGAUAUUUUGUCUUGAGGCGUGCAAACAAUCUUUUUUUAUUUGGGUUCCGAUUGACUUGUUAUGCUUUUUGUACAAACCAGUUGCUUGGGGUUUGAUGCAAAGGUCCAAGCAGAUAACUUGCAUGAUAUGCUAAGUGCGGAAAUGAACUUGUGGGCUGAAAUGUUUUAAGCACCGUCUGUACCCCUGGUUGUUUCUUUCCAAGAACAUCUCCCAUCUAAGACUUUUUGACAUUGCAUCCCAAACUUCUUUUCCUUGGCUGAAUAAACUAAAGCAUCAAAGUGGCAUGGCUUAUGCUGGGAAUGCCAAAGGAUAAACCUUUCACUAAAGAUUAUAAGAAAAUGCUGGAAUGUUGUUAAACUGACAAGAUUAUGUCUUUUAAAAAUAUUUCUCACAAACAAAGAAGGCAAUAUGUCUUUAUUGUAAUAGUUUUAUAUCAUUCAACAUGUUAUUAUAGCCUGAUGAUUGAAAGCAAAGUUUUUUCAAGUUCUAAAAGAGGUGUCUAAAAAAACAACAACCUUCGAUUAAAAAAGAGAAAACAAAGCAUCAAAGCAUUUUCACUGAUGUAGUAAAAGUGAUGGUUCAGAUUUUCUAUAUUUUUGUAUCCGUUGUCUGCAUUUUUUGUGCGGCAUUGCUGUCCAGUGGUUUGCACGAAGCUUCAAGUACUGUUGCCGUAGAGAUAAUUUUUAUUUGUUAUCACUGUGUGAUAUGGUCUACAGAAAAGAAA